CUUGAGUCAGCAUUCAAUUAGUGAGGGAGGCGCAUGUAUGGAAUGGAAUGCUGACUCGGAAGCUAAGGAAAAAAGGACAGCUUCUCUAAGUCCUCCUUUUGAUGGAAGCCUUGACGGGCAGCGAUGGGCCGAAAGCUUGCCGCCGCCCUGGUGCUCCUUGCAGCGUCUCGUCUCCCCUUCAUUCAGCACGAGGGGAAGCGGACAGCUGUUGAGGAGAUGAGGUCGCCGCAUUUUCAAUCGUCAGUGGCAGCUAUCCUGAGUCGACUGAAGCUAGAGAUCCUAAAGCAGCGAGCCAACAACAGAACCGUGGAGCUGCGAGAGACUGCCACCGCUUCAUGGGGCGUUCCUAGAAGCUUCCAGACCGCAAGAGAUUUGCUGAAAGAUUCAUCUGGGAAAAGUCUGGGAGAACAGGGUAGCGCAGAUGCUGCUGCGAAAGAAGAAGAGGUGGUGGAACAGAAAGGAGGGCCGGAAUGGCUGCGGCGUCUGGGGUUCGAUGCCAGCGAAUGGGGAGCAGGAAAAGACAAUGAGCUGGCGGAUAUUAUCCUGAGGCAUCUGGGGCUCCAACAGCGGCAAGACGCGUCAUCAAUUAAGUCCGCACAAGCUGAGGCAACAGGAGCAAGCUCUGAAGAAGAGGAACUUAACGAGGACAGUACCAGUGAGCUCUUUGCCAUUGACAGCGAUGGAGACGGUAGAAUAGAAGCUCUUCCGGAGGCUGGAGAUGAUGAGCGGAAGCUGGAGAGGGGAAAGUUGGACGUGGUGAAGGAUGGGUACGCCACUCUGAAAGAGAAAGUGGGGCUGCAGAUUUUCCAGGACAUUGCAGACCCUGUCAUUGGACUGUACAAGCGAGCGAUUGCAAAAGGCUCUGAGCUCGAAAGCGUGGCCAACUUGCGAAUGCUAGCGGACAUCGCCUCUUCGAUGCAAGCGACAACCGCAGGGAUGGACCCCUGGUCGCUCUCCGACCUUACCUUGGGCCUGUACCUGCUCUCCCUCAAGCACGUGGCAGAGGGUGUGCAAGACACGAUCCCAGGCGAAGUCGUCGAAGACCGGGGCGUGGCGGAAGACUUUCUGUACCAUCUCGAGCUGGCCCGUGGGGCGUAUGCGCAGGACGCAGCGGGGCUGGCGCGUGUGAGCAUGCUCCGGGAGUGUCGUGUGGCCAAGUUCAAGGCGAGGGCCACCAUCCUGCGCCCCGCUUACUAUAUCGCAGCCGACGACCGGCGGCGGCUGAUCAUUCUAGGGAUUCGCGGCACCACGCAAGCGCACGACCUCUUCACCGACCUAGCGACCGCGGGGGAGGAGUUCCUGGAUGGAGGAUUUGCGCAUGCAGGGAUCCUGCAUGCGGCUAAGUGGUUCGUGAAGAACGAGGCUUCAACGCUCAAGAAGCAACUCCAGCAGAACCCGGGAUACGCACUGCGCCUCGUCGGGCACUCCCUCGGGGGGGGCACCGCCGCCGUCACAACCAUCCUCCUCCGGGAUCAACCAGACCUCGUGGGCGUCCCCCCGGAUAAAAUCUCCGCUGUCUGUUUCUCCCCACCGGCGUGCCUCUCCCGGUCGCUCGCCGACCGCACGAGCGCGUUUGCGCGCACGCUCGUGAUGCAGGAUGACGUCAUCCCACGGGCGAGCGCGCGCGCCAUGGACCGCCUCCGGCGCGAGGUCGAGCAGACCGACUGGAACGUGGCCGGUCCGGGGGAGAGUCUUGCAAGCCUGAGGGGCGUGGCGAGCCGUCAUUUGGAGUCGCUCCAGCCAACGCUGCAAAAGCUGCAAGCGGUUGCAAUGGAUUAUGCGCCUGCCGUGCUCGCGAGCAAGCUGAAAAUUGAAGUCGCCACAGGUGAACCGACCCAGCCCGGGGCCGAGAAGCGGGGCAGGAGACCGGGAGACAACUUUGCUAGGGGCGAUGAAAUGGAUUCAAGAGAUAGACCGGUAGGAGCCGACGAACGGAUAGCUGACGGACGCGAGCGGGGUAGCACUCGGGGCGAAGGUGCGGAGGGGGCCGGGGGGGGAAACGAGGCCGGAUCGGAGGGGUCUGGAGGCGCGGAAACUGCUCGGGGGGAGUGCUCGGACGAAAGGGACCGGGCGGGGCGGGGCACGGACGGGCAGUCGGUAGAUAGGCAAGCAGGAGACGCGUCAGAAAACGGCAGAAUUGACGGGGAUGGUUCUAACGGUAACCAGAGCCCUGCCACAGGUCCGCAAGAGGAGCUGUUCGCGCCUGGGCGAUUGUACCACCUUGUACAUAAGGACAAAGAGAGCAGAGCCCGGGACGACGUGAGCGAACCGGCCGCGAGAGUGUACAGUUUGAUUCGAGGAACGGAAAGAGCACGCUUUAGCAGGAUAGUGUUGUCCGAGUCCAUGUUGCGAGAUCACGCGAGCAGAGAGGUGUAUUGGGGCCUCCGGGAACUGCUGAAAGUCAUGGCGUGACUCAUUAAGCCGCGCCCGGCAGGUAAUUUGCCCACGAAAGGAACAGUCAUUGGACCACUCAGUUGAUGACACGCGUUUAAAAGUAUGACUGCGAUGCCAAAUAUGACAAAAAGUGCUCUUAUAUCAAGUCCAGGGCACGCACUAGAGC